ACCAGCCUCAGUAAGGUAAACGAUCGCCAAUCAAGAUGGAUGUACUCUCGGCUGUGGGAAUCUGUGCGUUAGUGCUGUGGAGCUACGACACGUUCAAAUCAUUGGUCGGUAUCUGUUGGGGCCUGUGUAAGCAGCAGUGGACAGUUGGAUGUGACUACGUGCAACGCUACGGAAAAUGGGCUGUUAUCACCGGAGGCUCAGAUGGAAUCGGACGGCAGUAUGCGAUGUUCUUUGCCCGACAAGGUCUCAACAUCGUGAUCAUCGCGAUGCCAGAUGAAAAAUUAGCCAAAACCGUUCAGGAAAUUGAAGAGAAAUUCAAAGUGCAAGUCAGGUCAAUUCCAGUCGAUUUUUCUAAGGCAUACGAAGUGUACAACUACCUUAAGGAAAAAAUUGCUGACCUUGAGAUCGGUGUUCUAGUGAACAACGUCGGUACCGGUCAGUGUUACGCCACCUACUUCGAGGCUGACUCGAUUGACGGUCAUCAGCGUGUGGUCAAUGUAAACAUCAAUGCAGUCGUGAUGAUGAGUCACAUAGUGCUCCCUCAGAUGAAGCAGCGUCUCCGCGGUUUGGUGAUCAACAUUUCCUCUGCCUUCGGACUAACGCCAGUGCCUACUGUGUUGAUAUACGGUGCAUCCAAGGCGUUCAUGUUGAGCUUCAGUCUAGCCAUGCGGGAAGAGUUGCGUCCGUUCGGAGUGGAAUGUCAAACCGUUACACCGUAUUUUGUGAAAACCACCUUGACCGGACAGUUUGCAAUGACAAAAUUAGGUUGGCUGGUUUGUGCCAAUUUGGAAAGUUUUACCAAAUUUCUUACUAUGACAAUCGGAAAGACGGCUCAGACGACCGGAUAUUGGGUGCAUGGAUGGCACGUUACGAUUGUGAAAUUAUUACCAACGGAUUUGGUUUGCAGAAUGUAUCAUUUAUUAGGAAAAUUUCGAAUCAAUGAGAAUAAACUGAAGGGAAAAUAAUCGCCAAAAACAAAACUCGAUAUGAUUCCACUCAAAGAACGCCACCGCAAAAUGCAUUCAAAAUGUGCAGUUUUGAAAUCACCAGCUACUGCACAAUCGUGCCUUUCAAAUUACAUUUCACAAAAGACGCCACAAACGGGUAAAUAAUUGAACGAUUAUCAACGGAUGCACGUUCAACAUCAGCCCCAUCCGAUAUGAAUGCAUCUGCGCGCAGCCAGGACAUGGGGCCACUCUUCAUUUCCAUAUUUCCUGGUAGAGCACCUCCAAAGCAAUGAAACGUAUGCAAACCGGAUAAUAGCAUAAAGCGAAAAUUGCAGCUUUUGUGCAAAUUGCAAAAACGUGAUUAGCGCACAAGCUCGCACACACUUUGCCACGCAGACCAGGAAAGAUGCGUUUUUCCGCGU